UGGAACAAGCUCUUAGCACAUUUCGGCAGAUGGCGAAGAUGUCCUCGCGAAAUGACACCAUGCUGACCCAAAUUUCGAGUUUGAUCUGAAAAGGUAAGUUUUGAGUGCGGGAAAAUGUGAUGGGCAGUUGGCUGUUGCUGGGUGGUCUCUAUUGUUGGAACUGUCUUGGUGAAGUCCAGCUGACAUGUACAAGACCAUGAGAAAGUUGCGUCUGUGCUCUCCACUGCUAUGCUAAGGUCUGCCAGGCACUGUCAUUGAUGAUGGGGAGCCUUGUGAUACGUAAUGUUCGACUUCCAUGCACAGACCAUUCAGAGGCUUCUGCAUGGGACAUAGCCUGCCUUGGUGGCCGAGUACAGAGUAUAACCUCUUCAGGAUCAUGCAUACCUCACGAAGAAGCUGCAGUUAUCGAAGCCAAUGGCGGGGUGCUAGUCCCUUCGUUGUGCCACUCGCACAUCCAUCUCGACAAGUGUUUUAUACUCGGUCAGUGUGACCCGUUGGUUACUGGGUCUUUACCUGAAGCUCUUAAAGUAACAAAUAAAGCUAAAGCAGAAUUUCCAAAGGAUGUCGAUAAUCUUUACGCUAGGGCAACUUAUCUCAUCCGAGAGAGCGUGGAGUCUGGUGUUACUGCGAUGCGAGCCUUCGUUGAGGUGGAUACAACGGUUGGAUUCACAUGUCUAGAUAUGGGACUUCAGUUAGCGAAAGAAUGGGCUGAGGUUUGUCAUAUCCAAAUAGUUGCUUUUGCCCAAGAGGCACUCUACGAAUUUGCGGACUCAACAGAACCCGGUCCAAAUUACAAUCUGCUUUGUGAUGCAGCUUCUCGCCCAGACGUUUCUGUCGUUGGCUCUGCGCCUUGGGUUGAACCUGACCGCGCACAUGCUCUCAAGAACAUCGAACUCAUAUUGUCUCUCGCUGAAAAACACGACCUACAUGCGGAUUUUCACCUGGAUUACAAUCUCGAUCCGGACGCCGUUCCGAUGGUUUGGGAUGUGUUGCAGCAGAUGCGUCAGCGAUCCUGGUGCAAAAGUAGUGGCAAGCGUGUGACUAUUGGACAUGCAACCAGGUUGGGACUCUUUUCGGGCGAAGAGUGGGCCGAAUUAAAGCGCGCCACAGACAUCUUACCGUUGGAGAUUGUCGCACUACCGCAAAGUGAUAUCUACAUGAUGGGUCGUGCGGAUCCUAGCGGGAGAGUUCCUGUCCCGCUCGCAGGGCGCACAAUCAAUGCGCCUCAGGUUUACCGCGAUCACGGAGUCCGUGUUGCGCUUUCUGUGAAUAACAUCGAGAAUGCCUUCACGCCCCAGGGGUCACUUGAUCCCCUCACACUUGCUAGUCUUGGCGUCGCACUUUUUCAAGUGGGCACAGAACCAGACUGGAGAGUACUUUUGCGAUCGGUGUCCACAACAUCUAAAGAAGCCAUUGGUAUCAUGCACGGGGGCAGUGUUAGUGGAAAACCCGCGGAUGAAGGCGAUGGCAUUGUCCCCCGUGUUGGUGAUCCUGCUGAUUUCGUUGUAGUACACGGGGCGCGUCGGUGGCAAUCUGCAGUGCUGAGCCCGGGAUUCGACCGCACAACAUUUUACAAGGGCAAUGUCGUAGCAAGACGAAGGGCUCAGAGGUGGAAUGCAAAUACGGGUGGAGAGAUCACCUACUAGUUAGAAUGGUUAUAUACACUUGCUUUAGGCCACACAGACUUCAUUUGGAAUCAUGAUACUCGGAAGGAUGAUUAAUCUGAUUCA